CUUUCAAACAUUGUCAAAAGUUCAUUAAUGGUGAAUUUGUUGGAUUGAGUGGAGGAUUGGAUAUUGGAUAUUGAAGUGUGUAGAAGGAUAUUAUUAAAAAGGGUUGUAACGGAUCCAAACGCGGAAAAUAGGAGGUGUGAUCGUGAUCGUUUUGCUGUUGUGGGGUGCUUAUUGAAUAUUUUGCUAUGGAUGGGCUCCUGCUUUUCGUUAGAAAGCAGGAGCCCUGUCCCCGGAUCUCCGGUAUCUACAACUAGAACUACAAAGAGGAGGAGCUCGAAAAAUAGGCUGGGUGGUUUGAGGAAUUCUUCGUUUGAUUAUAGGAAGGAAGAACAGCUGCAAGGGAUUCCUGGGCGUAUGUUCUUGAAUGGAUCAAGUGAAGUGGCUUCACUCUUCACUCAGCAGGGCAAAAAAGGACCUAAUCAAGAUGCCAUGAUUGUUUGGGAGAAUUUUGUUUCGAGAACAGAUACAAUUUUCUGUGGCGUUUUUGAUGGCCAUGGUCCUUAUGGUCAUUUUGUUGCAAAGCGAGUCAGAGAUUCUCUUCCUUUAAAGCUAAGAGCAGAGUGGGAAGAUAAUAUAAAAGAUGACGACUAUGUAAGAGAGAAUAGUCCAAAUACUCAGAGCAGUCUAAACUCUGAGGAUGCUUCCUUUAUAUCUGCUGAUGAGGAGUCAAAGGUUUCAAUUGAUGUUGAAGACACUGAAAAGCACCCGGAGGUCUUUCAGACAUUAAAGGACUCAUUUCUGAAGGCUUAUAAGUUUAUGGAUAGAGAACUGAGCAGUUAUAACAAUAUCAAUUGCUUCUGUAGUGGGACAACAGCAGUAACGCUUGUUAAGCAGGGUCAGGAUCUUGUAAUUGGAAAUGUUGGAGAUUCUAGAGCUGUACUGGCUAUGAAAGAUAAGGAUGGUUCUUUGAUGGCAGUACAAUUGACAGUAGAUCUUAAGCCUAAUCUACCAGAGGAGGCAGAGAGGAUUCGCAAAUGUAAAGGGCGCGUGUUUGCCCUUCGCAAUGAACCAGAGGUUGCAAGAGUGUGGUUGCCGAGCAGUAACUCUCCUGGACUAGCCAUGGCACGCGCAUUUGGAGAUUUUUGCCUGAAAGAUUUUGGCCUUAUUUCUGUCCCAGAAAUUUCAUAUAGACCUUUAACAGAAAAUGAUCAGUUCAUUGUUCUGGCAACAGAUGGAAUUUGGGAUGUGCUUUCAAAUGAGGAAGUGAUAAAUAUUGUGGCUUCAGCUUCACUCCGUUCAUUUGCAGCUAGAUCACUGGUUGAAGCAGCUGUACGAGGCUGGAGGACCAAAUACUCAACUUCUAAAGUUGAUGAUUGUGCUGUUGUUUGCCUCUUCCUUGAUUCAAACUCAAUUGUCUCGUCCACCGCUUGCGGUACAAAAAAACAUGAUAAGACUGUUCCAGAAGGCGAUGAAGUUUCAGAAAAAGAAAACGAGGAAGUUUCAGAUCGAGAGGAGGUGCUUUCAGAGGAGGAGAAUGCAUGGUCUGCGCUUAAUGGGGUUUCUCGGGCCAACACAUUAUUGGCAUUGCCAAGGUUUGUUCCUGACUAUGAAGAAAAGAGAGCUGCCGGAGGAAGCAAAUCAAAAUAGAGGGUGAACUUUCCUAUCCAACUCUGAAUUUAUUGUUUAAAUGAUAUUUCAGUUUGUUUUGCCUUGUCCAUCUCUUUAUAUGCUUAAUUUCAUUACUGAGGAAAAGAAAACUGAAAAAUAUUCAUUUCUGUGGUCCGGAGAGGUGUCAUGUCCGCAGCCUAUAUAUUAGCGUGUCUGGGAAUCAUCCUCUUCUUUAGUGUAGGUAGGAACUUGAAUUUUGCAUAAUCCAAGUCGCAGUCUUCUUCGUCCUUGGUUUUCUA